UAGCGAUCUGAAAAUAUCGACUAAUGUUUUGACACGCCUCACGGGAAUAAAAGGAACUAAAAGUCGCGGUUAUCAUUGAGCACACGACAGUGUAGCAUAGGAUUUUUCAAGUGUACGUUGUAAAUACUUGUAUUGUAAUUAGAAUAAUUAAUAGAAUAUUAUAGUAGUUGACAUGACGGAAGAACUCAAAUUGGAUCAUCGUGCUAAGAAAAGAAUAAAGGAAGUUAAAAGAAAAGCUAGACCAGAACUUGGAGAUAAAAUAGCUUGGACUCAGCAUGGAUAUAGUAAAAAGUUUGAAACUUUUUGGAAUUUCCAAGAUAAUGUGGAACGCAUAGAUGAAUCUAUAGUAGUUACUGAAGAAUUUAUUGAAAAAUAUGAGAAACCUUAUAAACCUGUGAUAAUACAAGGUGUUCAAACUGGUUGGAAAGCCCAACAUAAAUGGACUAUAGAGAGGUUAGUAAAAAAGUACAGAAACCAAAAGUUUAAAUGUGGGGAAGAUAAUGAAGGAUAUAGUGUUAAGAUGAAAAUGAAGUACUAUGUACGAUAUAUGCUCAACAAUGAAGAUGAUUCUCCUCUGUACAUCUUUGAUAGUUCGUUUGGAGAACAUCCUAGACGGAAAAAGUUAUUAGAAGAUUAUGUUAUUCCAAAAUAUUUUCGUGAUGAUCUUUUCCAACAUGCUGGUGAACAUCGUAGACCACCGUAUCGGUGGUUUGUUAUGGGACCUGCCAGAUCUGGUACAGGUAUUCAUAUAGAUCCAUUAGGAACUAGUGCAUGGAAUGCACUGAUUUCGGGUCAUAAGCGUUGGUGCCUCUUUCCUACCCAUACCCCGCGUGAGCUUUUAAAAGUAACUGCAGCUGAAGGUGGAAAACAGAGAGAUGAAGCUAUAACAUGGUUUUCUGUUAUUUAUCCACGUACAAAGUUACCUACGUGGCCUCAAGACUGCUUGCCAAUAGAGAUUUUACAAAAUCCUGGUGAAACAGUCUUUGUGCCGGGUGGUUGGUGGCACGUUGUAUUGAAUUUAGAUGAAACUAUUGCAGUUACUCAAAAUUUCUGUUCUCGUACCAAUUUUCCAGUAGUUUGGCACAAAACGAUACGUGGAAGGCCAAAAUUAUCACGUAAGUGGUUAAAAGUACUCAGGGAUAAAGAACCAGAACUUGCAGCACUUGCAGAAACAAUAGAUGUAAAAGAGGAUACAGGAGUAGCCAGUGAUUCAUCAAGUGGGUCUUCGAGUAGUUCUUCAAGCAGUAGCAGUAGUACUAGUCAAUCUGAAGAUGAAAGUGCAGAUGACAGUGGUCAAGAGUCGCUUACGGCACACAAAAAAAAGAAAAGAAGAAAAUUGAAUAACAGCCAACCCUGACAAUAUCGAGUACAUGGGACCUACAAAGAUCUCAGACUGUACAGUAUUAACCAACAAUUAUUGUUUGUACUAAAAAUAAAUAUUAUAAUUAUUACCACCCUAAUGUUCAUAAUAAAAUAAAUGCUAGAUAAUACCAAACUA